AUGCACUCGACCCCCGCCGCGGCCCCCUCCCCGGGCCCCACAAUCCGCAACCUGCACCCCCCGCUCCUCCUUGCGCCAGAUUAUACCAGCAGCGGCAGCGUCUCAGGCGCGAGUACUCGCAGCAUGGGCGGCUUCGCGGCGCACGGAGGUAGGGUACUGGCGGCGCACCCGGACGAUAUGUAUAGAGUGGGCAGGUAUGAUGGGAGGGAGAAUAGCUGGGAGUUGUUGGCGAAGAGGGUGAAGGGGUUGGAUAUGGCGAGUGGGAGUGGCAGUGGGGGUGAGAGGGACGGGAGGAGGGGUACGGGAGUGGAAGGAGUAGGAGGAGGUAGGGUGGGUGGUGGGGUGUUUUCGGUGUUUGGGGUGCCCUAA